GAAGCCGAAACGAAACAAAACUAUUGCGAGAGAAAAUUGCGCGAGAACCGGUCCAGUGUGGUUUAGUGUUUGCGUGAUUUACUCAAGUGUAAAAACCCCCUUUUCCCCCCGAAAUCGGAUAACAACUAAACGAAAUUAGAUGAAUUUCAAUCAGUUGCGAUGGAUUUGCAUCGUAUCGUUGAUGAAAUUCGCGUCCGGCCAAUCGAAUUACGCGGAUCAAGCGAACAACGUCGCCUACCGAGGAGAAGGCCUCCCCGAAGAAGGCAUCCUCGAUGGUAAAGUUACCAAAUUGGACGAUCUGAGUCCGGUGAUAUUUCUGAAUAGAACGAAAGCCGCGCUAAAUUGCGCCGCCGGAACCAUGCAGAUAGAAUUGAAAUUCGGCGACAAAUUUUAUGGGAUCGCUUACGCGCAAUUCGACAGGAAUUCGGCGUGCAGAGUGUUCGGCAAAGGCGAUUUGAGCUACAAGUUGGAGCUGCCUCUCAAAGGAUGCGGCACCAAACAGGGUCCCCAAAGGGUGUUUACCAACAAUGUAGUGGUUCGCUUCCAUCCUGGCUUCGAAAUCGACGGGGACGAAAUCAUCACCAUAGUUUGUAGGUAUCCUCCGCCGAUUACGCCUGUGCCCGCGCCGCUACCACAAAUCGUACCCGAAGCUCCGGUCAGCGCCCUGCCGGCGCCGCUGAAGGGAUUCCAAAUAUUGUUGAUCAUCUGCGGGAUUCUGUUCUUGUCUUUGAUGCUGUUAGGUUUGGGUUGUUCUUAUUAUUGUUUGAGAAGGCAGCCGUUAACCGUCAUAAGACAACCUUUUUCCACGCUAGGAAGCGGUUCGGAAAUCACCAAAAUAUCGAGGAGUUCGUUAGGAAGUCUACCGAUGGUGGAAGGUUUAAAAAUACCCAGAGCGAAUGUCCUACCCUACACGGCGGCCGGUAGCAGCGCCGGAAGCGAAGGUCACCUAAUGAGCGACAACUUACCAUCAGAUUACCCAUCCGAAUCCCAUUCAGAAAUCGACGUCGAUACAGGCUCACUUCCGGUAUCAUCCGCCGGAAGUUACGAAAACCAAGCUUACAUUCAAGAUAACAGCAGCGUCUACAGCGAAGGUUACGGCCAUACCGUCGAACACCAAAUUCAAAACGCCGUCGCCGCACCGGGGACGGUUUCCAGGCUACCGAUCGCCGUUAAAGAAGAACCCAAAUUCGACAUCCAAGUCAAGGUUAAGAAAACACCCCCACCGCCUCCCAGCAUCUCACUAUCGGAUACGGAAAGCACCAGAACCGAUAAAAACCUUUCCACCAUUUUGGAACAACAAGAAAGUAUAAGAUCAUUGGAUUCGCCAUCUGUUUACGAACGACACCAAUUCACUUACGCUCCCGAACUACAUCCACCUCCAAAACACGCACAACCGGCUCCCACUUACAACAAAAUACUUAGGAGGCAAAUGGAAAUGCAAGAAGAACGAUACGUAGCGCCGACGCCGCCGCCGCCGCCGCCGAUCGUCCCCAAAAGAGAAUACGUCCAAGACGUCACCGAUUCGCUGGAACCGCCGAUCGCGGUCGUCCACAAACCGGAAAUAACCUCCCAUAUAGUCGACGACGUAUUCCUAAAAACCAUCACCGAAAAAAAGACCGUAGAAGACAUCGAAAGACACAAACGUUUCGUCACCGAAUACCAUACCAGACCCAAGCCGAUGGAAAACCAAAAAUGGGACGUCACCAUAAGGAAUUAUCCCGUAGACGUGCCGGAGCCCCCCGAAUGGGAAAACUUCUCCGACAUAUCGUCGGCUUCCGGUAUGACGCUCACCCCAAAAAUGGAGAGAGCCGCCAUGAGUCUACCGCCCAAAAAUCUAAUAGUCGACGACAAACUCCCUCUGAACGCGCCCGAAAUCGUCGCCAACUUGGAGCAAUCCUCCGCCCCGAGGUACAUUUCGACGACGGAAACCGACGAAAAUUACUUAUCCGCGUUCGACAUAGCUCCGGAAAAUCCCCGAGUGCCCAAUUGGAAUAUACUGAUCAGGGUGUUUCGGCCGACGGACAGUGAAGAAGGGCCGGUGAUAGAUAGCGCGGAAACUUUCAAUUCGCAAUUAACCGCCGCCGAUAAAAUGAAGUGGAGACAAAUAAUAUCGACGGAAUCGACUCUGCGUACUCUGUUGACCGAAUGCGUCGUUAGGGAGGAUUUCGAAAGGAUCAGAAACGAUUCCAGAUAUUCUAGUCUGUUCGAACCUCCGAAAUGGGAUAUAAUCAUUCGUAUUUUGGCGCCGGCGGAUAAACAACCCAAGAAUAGGAAGUGGGAUAAUAGGAGUCGACGUAGCAGUUUACCCACCCUGUACGAAUACGAUUCGGACGGAGGUAGCUCCGUCCGAACUUUAACGAGAGAACCUCUCGUCUUGCCGCAAAGAUCGAGGAAAAAUUCUCGAUCUAGUUACAGGAGCGAGGCCGAUCUCAGAUCAAUGUCGGAGAUGACGGUAGAUUUCGGACGAACCGACAACAUAUCGGAAACGUCCAGUUAUUACCCGGACAAAAGGUAUUACGAAGAUUCCGAGACCGGUCACACUUCUCUAGCUAGAUCGUUGAGUCAACCGAGUUUAGCGAGAUCGGCUAGCGAAUUUACCGAACGAUGGAUAGCACCUUCUAGAUACGACACCGCAAGCGAGUUCACUUCGCCCGAAGGUACCCCGAAGUCUCAACGCAGCUCUAGAUUCAAUCCGCAACGAUUAGGCGAACAUAGAACCGUCUGGCAGACAAACCAAUCGAGUAGUAGUUCCGGACCGCGGGGUAUAACUCAAGUUGUAUCACAAGAGUAUCGAACUCAAGCUACGAGUAGUUUCGUAGGUCGUGGAAGUCCGCCGAAAGAUUGGUUCGCGGAUAACGACAGCGAAUCAAGUUACAAAUAAUAAAUAGACUCGGUAUAUUAAUAAGAUAUUAUUAAGGUUUGUAUUAUAACAUAUAAAGUAUAAUACGCUCAUAAUUAAUUGUUAACUGCCGUUAAACUUGCUGUUUCAAUUAAAAUUAAUUUGUAAAUUAAGCUCUACCCUACGAGAUCGUUACCAAACGAUUUAGAAACCAAAUUGUUUUUAUGCGCAUCAUGAUGUAAACACUACUUCCGAUGAUUAACUGCGCAGUCGCCAUAUUGGCUGUCACCAGCUGACCGAUUCAUAAUUAUUUACGUUCAAUGUAUAAAAUAGUUAUGUAAAUUAAAACGUAUUCGUGCACAAAUAAAAAUACGAAUUGUAAAAAUAUUAGUUUCUAUAGAUCUCCUAUAUUAAAUUACUUAACGAAUGGAAAAAAGUUUAUGUGGAGAAAUACAACUUAACCUCCAACACGGUGAGUGUUUACAAGUUUAUUCUGUAUUUUUUUAGUGGUUGAUUUAACAUUGAUCAAAUAUUUAUUGUUUGAUUAACGAGAAUAUAUCAUUUUAAAAAAAGUAUCACAUUCGUUGCUUAACGUUUCGUUCAUAACAAUCUUAAAACGAAAAGAUUCAAAUUCCCGCAUCGAAUUGAUUGGCCUGAAGAAUAAUAUGGCCGACAGCGGGAAAAGCCUCUCAUUGGCUGUGGCUAUAAGAACACACCUUGUAGUCUUUACAUCAUGAUUUGCAUCUUCAAACUUGGCAACGACCUUGUGAAAUGUCAAAUUAAAUUUCAUCUGUUUAAAAAUCGUUCGUUGACUUCUAGGCCAGUCAAUGAUAGUAAAAAAAAAAGUGUAAAUUACGUAAUUAUCUCAUCUGUAUGAAAAUUUGAUAGUUCUCAAAAUUUACUUUGUACUAAGGGCCGGUUUUUGUCUGUUGUGACAUUCAGUGUUGCCAUAUAUCAUUAAAAACAAACAGUUAAUGUCUUUGCUUGUCCUACCACGUCGUUAUUUGAGAUAAUACUUGAUAGUCCAGGCGCUGUAGUAAAAAUUUUACUAAAACCUUAUAUUUAAAUCAAUAGCAAUGAUUUUUGGUUAACAAGUAGUUUUUAAGGAAAAAAAUUGAUUUGCAUGCAAAGUGCCGUGAAAAAUGGGGAAAACCACCGGUAAAAACUGGUAUUUCGUCGAAAUUUUGAUACAAUGUAUAGAAACAAGUAUUUAGAACGUGAAAAUUUCUAACAAAAAAAGUCACUCAUAUAUUUUUCACGUUGUACAAGUUUGUUUAUUGAAAUUUUCAACCCCUUCCACGUUAUUGACGAAAUAAUUUCCAAAAAUUCAAAAACUGUUGGUACAACACCAAAAAUAAUUUUUAUGGAUUUCACUUCCUGGACUAUUUUUUUUUCCUUUAAAAAAUAAUAUUAGUAACUGUAGCUGUGAUACGAAUUGAUCGUAUUUUCAAAUCUAAGAUAUUUACCCGGUUUUCCACUUUCCGUGCGGAAACUGUAGAAUCGGGUUUUAAAAUUUCAAACGGAUUUCAAUAAGAAACUAAUAAAAAUUAUUAAUAUCGUCGGAUUAAAUCGCCAACCACCAAAAAUAAUUGAAUAAAAGCAGUUCAAGUGAAUUGACACGAAGUGAGGUUAGUUUUAAACAAAAUGGCGGCCUGGAACCGCCAAAAUCUUUACGAUUCGUUCAGACUUUAUAUCGAAAUCCAACGAUAUUAAUUUCUUGUUAAUCCGUUUUUUAAAAACCGAUAUUGACAUCGAUUUCGUGUUUAAUAUCGGUUAUUAUAAUAAUAUGCUCAAUAUGAGGUGAUGGUUGGGAUUUUAAUUUUCAUUUAACGCGAACUUAACAUACUCAUCAAGGUGCUAUUCAAUUUCUAUAUAUACACAAACAAUUAUGUAAGCUUUUAUAACGAAUAAAUAAUUUUCUAUGAAUCAAACUA